GCGGCCCCUCGCCCGCCCUCACGGCGCUUCAUUGUCACCCGCCCGGGGGCACCGCUGGGGACCGCGGGGCGCCAGGUCGCCCGCCCGGCCGAGUCCGCGGGCCCCGCGCCCCAGGCCCAGCUCGCGCAGGUGAGGGGUGUCCGCGCAGGUCUGUCAUGUCCACCAUGAAAGGCUCACGGGCCACUAGUGGUACCCCUGAGGGCAGCCCGGAAGGUGUGGACCUGAGUCUGACUGGCCUCCCUCUGCCCAUGUCCCGGCGUCCUAGCAGUGCCUCUACAGCCAAGCCCGUCACCCGCUCCAUCUCUGUGGCCACAGGCGGCACAAUGAGGAGGAGGGCUCUGGAGGCCACAGGGCCUGGGGGUUCCCGGGCCAUCAACAACCUUCGAAGAUCUAACAGCACCACACAGGUUAACCAGCCGUGGACCAGCUGCCCCAGGCCUGCGGAGCCCACUGACUUCCUGGCGCUGUUCGAGGGAGAUCCUGGUGGGAGAGGGAGGCUGGCCAGCCUGCCCAAGCCAUGCAGUGGGAAGGGAGCCACCUGGAACGUCCUGGAUGAUCAGCCCAGGGGCUUUGGCUCGCCGGCCAGUGCCCAGAGUCCCAGCACCCUCAACUCCCCAGGGGGCCCACGGAGGAGGGAGUGUGCCCUGGCACCCAGCUUCACAGCCAAUAACAGGAGCAGCAAGGGAGCCGUGGGCAACUGCGUCACCAGCAUGGUGCACAACCACUACGCCCCCAUGGAGAGGGCGCCCCCACUCAAGAGCUCUAACCAGACAGCCCCCGCUCUCAACAACAUCAUCAAGGCAGCCACCAACGAGGGCAGUGAGGGUAGCAGCUUCCGGAAGCCCCACAAGAACUUCAGCACUGACCGUGCGGCCCGGGGCGCUGCUGGGGGGACCACCACCAACCUACUCAGGCGGAAGGAGGUGACGGAGGAGGAGGCCGAGAGGUUUAUCCACCAGGUGAACCAGGCUGCCGUCACCAUCCAGCGCUGGUACCGCCACCAGGUACAGCGCCGCAAAGCAGGAGUUACAGACCUGGAGCACUUGCAGGCGGCCACGCAGGAGGGGCAGCAGCAGCAGCUGGGCAGUGGCAACCUCCUGGACCUGCACCGGCAGAAGGAGGCGGCAAGGAAGAAGGCCCGAGAGGAGAAGGCUCGCCAGGCCAGGCAGGCGGCCAUUCAGGAGCUGCGGCAGAAACGAGCCCAGCAGCCAGGCAAGGCUGAGCACGGGCUGCCCAAGGGGAGCCCAGAAACCAGAGCACCGGGGCAGCCUCGGCCCUCCCAGGGGCCGCCCCUGACACCAGGCAGUGACGCCCGCCAGCCCCUCAAGGCCAGCAACACUGGCACCACCGUCCACCCCACAGGCCCCAGGAACCCCUGCCUGCCUGCCUCUGACUCAUCCUCAGAGCACCAGCUAUCUCCGGAGGACAAGCCACAGGACAUGGCCAGUGAGGACGUGGAGAUGGUGGGCCCCACCAGGAGCAGGGUCAAGUCCAGGGAAACCCUGGACGAGCUGCUGGACACGCUGAGGCUGCUGGAGGAGGAUCCCGAACCACUGUCCCAUGCCAGGGUCUAUCACAAGGACAGAUAUGCUUGGAUGGAUGAGGACAGUGCCAGCUCCCUGACGGCUGACAACCUGGAGAGGUGGGGGAAACUCGGUGCACCCUGCAGCACCCCUGAGGAGGGGGCGCUGCUGUCCGAGGCGAAGCUGCGGGGCGUCAGGAGCUUCCUGGACGAGAUGGAGAGGUCGGGCCAGGGCCAGCCCGCCAGGCAGCAGGAGGGGCUGGCAGCAGACGUGGGGCGGGGGCGCCCAGAGCUGGCAUCCGAGGGGCGCGUGUCUGUGACGCGGCUGGAGCUGGAGGAGCAGAAGCAGGCUGUGGUUCUGCUGCAGAGGGCACUGGCACAGCAACGUGACCUCACGGUCCGGCGGGUCAAAGAGACAGAAGAGGAGCUGAGGCGGCAGCUUCGGCACCAGAAAGAGCACUAUGAGGCCACCAUCCAGCGGCACCUGUCCUUCAUUGACCAGCUGAUCGAAGACAAGAAGGUCCUGAACGAGAAGUGUGAGGCGGUGGUGGCCGAGCUGAAGCAGGGCGACCAGCGGUGUCGAGAGCGCAUGGCCCAGAUGCAGGAGCAGCACCAGCUGGAGAUCAAGAAACUCAAAGAACUAAUGAGUGCAACAGAGAAAGUCCGCAGGGAGAAGUGGAUCAACGAGAAAACCAAGAAGAUCAAGGAGAUCACCGUCAGAGGCCUGGAGCCCGAGAUCCAGAAGCUCAUCGCCAAGCACAAGCAGGAGCUGAGGCGGCUCCGGGGCCUGCACGAGGCCGAGCUGCUGCAGCGGGACGAGCAGGCCGCCCAGCGCUACCUGCGCCAGGCCGAGGACCUGCGGGAGCACCUGGAGCGGGAGAAGGAGGCACUGGGCCAGCAGGAGCGCGAGCGAGCCCAGCGGCGGUUUGAGCAGCACCUGGAGCAGGAACAGCGGGCCCUGGAGCAGCAGCGGCGGCGGCUGUACGGCGAGGUGGCCGAGGAGAGGGAGCGCCUGAGCCAGCAGGCAGCCAGGCAGCGAGCAGAGCUGGAGGAGCUGAGACAGCGGCUAGAGGACAGCAGCUCAGCGCUGACCCGAGCCCUGAGGACCGAGUUCGAGAAGGGUCAAGAGGAGCAGGAGCGUCGGCACCAGGUGGAGCUGAAGGCUCUGAAGGACCAGCUGGAGGUGGAGAGGCAGGCAUGGACGGCCAGCUGUGCCAAGAAAGAGGAAGCGUGGCAGCUGAACCGGGAACGGGAGCUCAAGGAGGAAAUCCGGAAAGACCGCGACCAGGAGAUCGAGCUGGUCAUCCACCGGCUGGAGGCUGACAUGACCCUGGCCAAGGAGGAGAGUGACAGGGCCAUGGAGAGCCGCAUCAAGCGUGUGCGGGACCAGUAUGAGGCUGAGCUCUCGGAACUGGAGCAGGCCCAGCGGAAGCUGCGGGAUCGGUGCUCGGAGCUGAGGGGGCGCCUUGGGGAGGCCGAGGGGGAGGAGGAGCGCCUGCAGGCCCUGUUGCGGCAGAGGGAGCAGGAGCUGGAUGACCUACGGGCAGUCAACUCGGAGCUGUCCAGGGAGCGAGGCAGCCUGGUCGAGGUGGUCCGCCAGGAGUUUGCUGACCGGCUGGCGGCCUCUGAGGAGGAGAACCAGCGGGUCAAGGCCGAGCUGGCUGAGCUGCAGGCCCGCCGACAGCUGGAGAUGGAUGAGGUGCACCAGAGGGUGAAGACAGCCCUCGCCAGGAAGGAGAAGGCCGUGAGCAGCCUCCGGAGACAGCAUGAGGCUGCCAUGAAGCGGGCUGAUCACCUGGAGGAGCUGCUGGAGCAGCACAGGCGGCCGCCCCUGAGUGCCAAGUGACGCCACCUGCAGGACGGAGGUGCCGUGCCGGGCCCUGGGGCGCCCUGCUCGUGAGCCCUGUGCUCAGGACACCCAGUCUGUGGCUGUAUUUUUUACAGUAAAAGAGGUGGUUUUUUUUUUAA